CUCCCCAGAGUGGGGCCAGGCCAGGCCAGCUCCUCUGGCAGCAGAGCCCGGGCAGGUGACAGGCUGGCCUCGCAGCUGAGGGAGUGAGGAGACGCCUGGGAAUCAGAGCUGGAAACCUGGGAGAGGUCCAGUCAGAGUCCAAGAGCCGGGACGACCCCUCAACCUGUCAGCCAUGGGGGAGAUGGAGCAGCUGCGGCAGGAAGCGGAGCAGCUCAAGAAGCAGAUUGCAGAUGCCAGGAAAGCCUGUGCUGACAUUACUCUGGCAGAGCUGGCAUCUGGCCUAGAGGUUGUGGGACGAGUCCAGAUGCGGACGCGACGGACAUUAAGGGGACACCUGGCCAAGAUCUAUGCCAUGCACUGGGCCACUGAUUCCAAGCUGCUGGUAAGUGCCUCGCAAGAUGGGAAGCUGAUUGUGUGGGACACCUACUCCACCAAUAAGGUGCAUGCCAUCCCGCUGCGCUCCUCCUGGGUUAUGACCUGUGCCUAUGCCCCGUCAGGGAACUUUGUGGCAUGUGGGGGGCUGGACAACAUGUGUUCCAUCUACAGCCUCAAAUCCCGUGAGGGCAAUGUCAAGGUUAGCAGGGAGCUCUCUGCUCACACAGGUUAUCUCUCCUGCUGCCGCUUCCUAGACGACAACAACAUUGUGACGAGCUCAGGGGACACCACGUGUGCUCUGUGGGAUAUUGAGACCGGGCAGCAGAAGACUGUGUUUGUGGGACACACGGGGGACUGCAUGAGCCUGGCUGUGUCUCCUGACUUCAAACUCUUCAUUUCGGGGGCCUGUGAUGCCAGCGCCAAGCUCUGGGAUGUGCGGGAGGGGACCUGCCGGCAGACUUUCACUGGCCAUGAGUCAGACAUCAAUGCUAUCUGUUUCUUCCCCAAUGGAGAGGCCAUCUGCACGGGCUCGGAUGAUGCGUCCUGCCGUCUGUUUGACCUGCGGGCCGACCAGGAGCUGACUGCCUACUCCCACGAGAGCAUCAUCUGUGGCAUCACGUCUGUGGCCUUCUCUCUCAGCGGCCGCCUGCUCUUCGCAGGCUAUGAUGACUUCAACUGCAAUGUCUGGGACUCCAUGAAGGGCGAGCGUGUGGGCAUCCUCUCUGGCCAUGACAACAGGGUCAGCUGCCUGGGGGUCACAGCUGAUGGGAUGGCGGUGGCCACUGGUUCCUGGGACAGCUUCCUCAAAAUCUGGAACUGAGGAGGCUGCAGAAGGCCAUGAAGACACUCAGCUGUGUCCUCCCAUGCCCAAUUUCUUUAAGAUUCCUUUCAAGGCUUUCUCCUCUACACCCUAGCUCCUCUGCCAUUCCCAGCAAGCUUUCUCCUUUGAGGACUGUGGGGAACAUGGGGGUUGUGCCUUUGGGAGGCAGCAUCAGGGACACAGGGGCAGAGAACGGCCCCAUCUCCUCCCAUUGCCUCCCCUCUCCAUAGUCCUGACAGCUUCUCCCAUAAAGAGAAGGACAGCUGACCCCUCCCAGCCCUUGGCAGGCCCAGUAGUCUUCUAGUGUAAGGCCCUAGGCCCUUGGAUUUCUCCCCUAGAGCUACUACCUUUGUCCAGGGUGUAGCCCCGUGACUAUGGCUCUGGCACCACCAGAGUCCUGGUCCCCUUCUCCUUCAUGCUUUCUCCUUUUUCUACCUUCUUUUUCUCUCCUAAAGCACCUGCAAUAAAGUAAAUCUCCCUGGUA